CGCGCUUUGUCCCGCAUGGUCAGCGGAGUCGCUGAUGGAGGCCCCCCCGCGCGGACGAGGCUGAGGCGUAGCAACAACAGUGGCGCAGCGUAAAGUUCUCAUAGCUCCAGCUGUUUGUGACGUCACCCACGGCAAGCUGACAGCUGAAAAGAAGAAACAAACAAACACAAGCAAGAUGGCGUAAGUGGCAGACAAAGAGCAGAGUAUAUACUAGACAAGAAUUGUGCGAUAACUUUGAGCUGCUACAGUGAAGCUUUGUGAAGAAACUGCAAAUCGCAUUUAUUGAAAUGCUGGAUUUGGAACUAGUCCCUGAGACCUCGCUUGGGUGCGAUCAAUGGGAGUUUAUAUUGGGGAUGCACUUUUCCCAAGCAAUAGCAAUUAUACAGUCCCAAGUGGGUAUCAUCAAGGGAGUACAAGUGCUGUACAGUGACCAGAAUCCUUUGAAUGUCGAUUUAAUGAUCAACUUGCCACAAGAUGGAGUUCGGUUGAUCUUUGACCCAGUAGUUCAGAGGCUAAAGAUAAUUGAAAUUUAUAACAUGAAAAUGACAAAAUUAAAAUAUUGUGGAAUGCCAUUUAAUUCUCCUGAAGUACCCCCUAGCAUACAACAGAUUGAGCACUCUUUUGGUGCAACAAGGCCUGGUGUGUAUGAUUCGGAAAAACAGUUGUUUGUUCUGAAUUUCAGAGGCCUCUCUUUCUGCUUCCCUGUUGAGACAAAGUUCCAGCCAGGAUACGCUCAUGGACUAGGUUCUCUACAGUUUCCAAAUGGUGCAUCACCAGUAGUGUCUCGAGUAUGUUUAUAUGCUGGGAGCAACUUGGCUGAGUGUAAAGCACCUCCACUGCCUCUCUCUUGCUACCACAACCAAUUGUACCUGGACGUGUGCCACAUUCUAUCGUCACCCAUAAUAAAUAAUGGCUCAGGUAGCACUCGUGGUUUGCGCUUGCAUCUUUUUACUCAAGGCCCAUCAAGAGAUAUGGACCCCAAACGUCAAACCUUAACAAGAGAAGUUUUGUUUGGAGAUACCUGCCAAGAUGUGGCUGCUGCUCUGGGUGCUCCAUCACGAGUGUUCUACAAAGCAGAGGAUAAAAUGAAGAUACAUAGUCCAAACGCUCACCGCCGUGUCACUGCCAGACGAUCAGAUUUCUUUUACAACUACUUCACCUUGGGGAUAGAUAUUUUGUUUGAUGCCAAAACUCAGAAGGCAAAAAAGUUUGUUUUACACACAAAUUACCCUGGACACUAUAACUUUAACAUGUAUCAUAGGUGUGAAUUUCAGCUUAUGCUCACUCCUUCAAAGAGUCUGAAAAAUAGUAGUGGUGAGCAGAUGAUUGAAAGCUUGCCUGAACCAGUGAAAAUCACUACCUACUCCAAAUGGGAUGCCAUUUCACAGCAGCUCAAGCCAAGUGAGCGGCCUGUAGUUUUGACUAGGGCUAAUUCAACAAACACAACAAACCCCUUUGGGUCAACAUUUUGCUAUGGGUAUCAAGACAUUAUUUUUGAGGUCAUGGCCAAUAAUUAUAUAGCAUCAGUCACCUUGUAUCAGACGGAAAAAACAGCUGCUGAAGUAUGACAAUGGCUUAUUGCCAUGCACCUCACACAGGAGGGGCGAUUUUGGCAGCACAGGCAACAUGAAAGGGCAUAAAAUCGGGGAAAAAAGAAGUGAUUAUUUCUUUAUUCCUAUUUAAGCUUACUAGUUACAUUGUAAAAUGUAAAACCAAAAAAAGUCAUUAAAACUUGAAAUAAAUGGCCCUCCACAAGGAGUGAGAAGUAAGCCACUCCGUAGAGGCUAUCCAAAAAAAGGUUCAGUGAGAUCAUCUUUGUGUGUUUCUAAAACUGAGUGGGUGAAGUGAAAGAUACUGAGCCGGUGCAAAGUGCAUAUAUGGUGUGGCCAAUGCAAAAUGGGGCAAAAACAUUCUCUGCUUAUAGAUUUAUCAUCUUGAGAGGGAUAUUUCUAUAAGUAAGCAGGGUGUGUGCAUUGUUCCUAUGAUGUAGCAAUAACAGUCUUCUGUUUAUGAGUGGAAGUGACUUUGAAAUUGAUGCAAGAUUAUUUCUGAAGAAUAUUUUCUUCACCAUCUCUACUUCAUGUCUAACUUAUUUUGGUAAAGUUUCCAAUAAGGUGUAGAAAUAAUUCUAUGUUUGUAUGUAUGGCAUUAGAUCUAACAAGCACAUCUCUGAUGUUGGUUUUGGUUUAUAUUAAAUGUAGCAUUUCUUUUAUAAAUGGAUCAGUAAAAUGCUAAAAAGUUUGAUUAUACUGCAGUAGUUCUGUUGGAGAAGUGCAUUUCAUUUAAGUAGGGAAAUUGUUGUACAGAGUAGUCAAGAAUUUCAAUGAUUAAAGCUUCUUCAAUCCACCUGUUUUAUAACAUCUUGUCAAACUGUUUUGUAGUGCUGUGAAUUUACCAGAACUCUGAAGCUUAUAUCAUAUAUAGGUACUAGGCAACCAAGAGUAGUGUUCAAAGAGAGGAUAUUUUGUUAUCUAUAUAUUAUCAUUGUGUAAGUGUACCUUCUAAUCAUAACAUAAACUCAUUUUGAAAUAGUUACAAAAUCUUCAAAUGAACAGCUUUGACAUUGCUGUUCAUUGGACUGUGGAUGUAAAUAACACCCUUUUGUUCAAUUUAGUGUUUGAGCUCUUAAUUAGUUGGCAGAAGUUUAUUAACAGGUGCACCUUCAGAGUGUUGUUGUCUGCAGUACUUAAUUCUUCCUAUCCAAAACAAUUGAAAUCUCCUGAUUGGGUGCUUUAUGUUUCAUUCAACUGUAUCCUUUUUGUUAAUAUUUAUUUUGUAAUCUUAAUUGCCCAAGAUCCGUAUUGGAUCAAAGUUGCAGGCUGGUGAAAGUAUUUUCUUCUUCUUGUAUGCUGAAUAAUUUUCUUGCUUUGUCUUUACCCACUAACUAAUUUCCUGGCUUCGAAAACGGCAUAUUUUUUCAAAACGGAAGCCUAUUGAUGCCAUUUAGGAAUUCAAAUACAGUCUCUCUGUCUGCCAUCAUAGAAUCUUUCAGUGCCUAACCUGCAUCCUUGUUACAUUAUUGUUGUGUUCUGACAUGUUCUAUCCAUAGAUCUAUACUAGAUAAGUAGGUAGGUGUUUUUUAUGUCCACAGUUUCUUUACUUCAGCUUGUAAGCUGUAUCUUGUAUGUUGUAACUCAUAUGGUUAUGAGAUGUACUAUGUAUGUCUUCUAUUAACUUCAGAUAGAUUGUCACUUUUUUGACAAUCAAGCCAGAAACUUGCAUGUUUUUUGUUUUCCUUGCUUUUAAUUUAUUAAGGCAAAAAGAAAUCUGUUGGAAAGAAAUAGAUUAGACUGUUAUACUUUUGGACUUGUCUUCACAAAAGUUUAUUUUAUAUAUUUUCUGAAUUCUGUGCUCAUGUGAAGAAUAAUCUGUAUUUACUUGUUGGACAAAAUUUCCUUCCCUACUUAGUAAGUUAAGGUGGGUCAUUAUCUAGUGUCUGCUGUGAUUCGUUCUUUGGGAUUAUUUUGUCAGUAUUUUGAGUGUCAUAAUCACCAGAAGAAAUGUGAUCUGUUCCUAAAGGAAAGAUAUCUGUCUAUCUUAAUAUCAGGUGUUGAGUAUUUAAUCAAUUCUGUUUCACAACUCAAUUUUUUUGUAAAAAUUAUUUUAAUUGACCUGUUUUCCUGAUCUCCUAAAGGCUAAGUCUAGUCAGAACAUUAGUACCCACCCACCUUGCUGUUUUAAAAUACAGCAUUCAAGAUUAACAUCAGUGUACAUCAUAAAAGAGGAUCCAUUUUUUUGCUCCUUUUUUACACAGUUCAAAGAUAGACGUUUUUUGUGGAUCGCUUAGAGUUUUUUCAAAUUUUGGUCAUGUUUUCCAUUCUGUAAAAAAGAAACAUAACUACAUUCUUAAAAUGCAGAACAUUUCCUUAGAAAUGUGCCUUCAUGUUCCUACCUCAUGUUCAAUAGUUCUUUCAGCUACUUUUUGGUCUUACCAUCUUGCGUCCAAACAGAAAACAAACUUGUAAAUUGUGUUAAAACUGUACUUUAAUGGAGAGCAAGAUGUUUUGAUUAAAUUUACCACCUCUAUUGUUGUAUGUUACUGAACAAGUUGGUAUGUAAAGCCACUAUAUUCAUAUACUUUCUUUUAAAUAAAUGGUGGUUCCUUUUAAAGUUUGCUUGCCAAUGUAUUAUCUACCUGUAUUAUAUGAGCAUACAAAAAUGUGGGGGGAAUGUGUGUUGUGCUGGCAUUUAGGUUGUGUGAAAAAAGAGAACAGCACCAUUUUUUGUCAUAUGUACUUCUUCUAGUGGAAGUUGUAUUAAGAAGUUCAAAGACAAAGAUGAUUUUUGCUAGUCUCCGCACCUAAUGCUUGUUCUGACUUGCUCAUGGUCUUCUCAGAAAAGAGUGUCAUAUAUUGUACACUAAAUUGAAAAGUUCAUUGUUAAAAUGAAGACAAUGGAUACUGAGUUCGUUUUUGAGAAUGCAAUAAGAAAUAAGUUGCACAAUACUCCAAGUGUAAGGAAGAUCUGAGCUUAGUGAAGGUAUUUUUCAAUUCAGCUUGGUAACUAUUAAUGUUUUCUACCGUGGGUCAGAGCUACGACAAAGCAGUUUGGCAGGUUUGCCUACCCUAGGAGCCAUAUGGCGCCUUAUGAGUGGAGAAAGUGGGUAAACCAGAAUACUGCUUUGACAAAGCCCUAACACACGGUACAUAGUUUAGAAAAGGGAGCUCUUGUUUUGUAAUGUAGACCAAAAACAUGUUUCAAGGUUUAGAAAUCUACCAAAGGGGUUGCUCUUUUCAUUCAAACAAAGAAAAAAGCAAGUAAUGCAUUGUCUGGAAUUUAAUAAAACUUGAGGGGUAAUGAGCA